AAAUUUCAAUCAAGACAGAACAAACAAAAUGGAGUCAAGUUUCACUUUCGACAUGACGUGAAAUUUACAUUUUUUUCCAGAAAAUAGUUGCUCCUUGUUAUAUUUUUAGUCACUGUUAUUCUGUUGAGUAUUAGUGCAGUUUAUGAAUUGUUAGAUAGUAUGGAAGGCGUAUUUGGUAAUUUAUUUGAAGGGGAAGGACAGUCAAGUGAACAGACUGCUCAAACUCGUAGUCGUAAGUCGGGAAUUCCAUCUCCACCCAGGCCAAGAGGACAGUGUCAACUUAGCGGCCUUGACAACCUAGGAGCUACAUGUUACUUGAAUUCAUUGUUACAAACUUUACUGUUGACACCAGAAUUAAGAGAUGGAUUAUUUUGUUUGUCAGAGGAUGAAUUAGGAAAAUUAUGUGAUGCUGACAAACCAGAAGCAAAGGUCAGGGUGAUUCCUAUCCAACUACAGAGGUUGUUUGCAAGAUUAUUACUGAAAAAUUGUCAAAGUGUUUCAACCAAACAUCUUACACAUAGUUUUGGAUGGAUAAAUGAUGAGCAAUUUUAUCAGAGUGAUGUACAAGAAUUGAACCGUAUAUUGUUUAGUGCAAUUGAAAGUUCAUUGGUUGGAACAAGUGGUCAUAAUCUUAUAAAACAACUAUACCAUGGAAAAUGUGUUAACCAGAUUCGGUGUACUGAAUGUGGCAAAGUUAGUGAACGUGAGGAAGAGUUCUUAGAUGUCCAGGUAGCUGUAGCUGGCAUCAACAGUCUAGAAGAAAGCCUACGUGUGGCUUAUAAUGACAUUGAAAUGUUAGACGGCAGGAAUCAGUAUAAAUGUGGAGGUUGCAAGAAGUUUGUUGAUGCAGAAAAGGGCGCUAAGUUGAGAAAAUUACCUUCAAUUCUCACAAUGUCCCUGUUACGAUUCAGCUUUGAUUUCCAGAAGUUAGAGAGAUAUAAAGAGACAGGGAAGUUCUCGUUCCCACACACCAUCGACAUGAAACCAUACUGUGAAAAUACAGCAGAAGGCGAGGAUCUUGUGUAUGAACUGUUCUCUGUAGUUAUCCAUAUAGGAGGGGCUCAUGGUGGUCAUUAUCAUGCCUAUAUUAGAGACAUUGACGGUCUCGGACAUUGGGUGACACCUGAAGAUGAAGAGAUUGUGGUCCCAACAGAUCCUUUGACAGGAAAUGUUGAUUUUAUAGAAUGUGAGUCUCCCAUUGAGCUUGUACAAGUUAUACUGAGUAGACAAAAGAACAAAGGGAUGUCUUUAGAUAAACUUCAUCAGGAGAUACUGAAACAGACUGGUUUAUCAUGGAACAAAAGAUUUAAAGGAAAAUAUGGCCCAAUUACAAAAUUUUUAAGCAAAUACGAUGACAAGUUUAUUUUUGAUUCUACACAAAAUUAUGUAUCUCUGAAAAUAUAUGGACCCAGCAGUGACACACAAAAUAAUCAUGACGAAAAAAGUCCCCCUAAACCUUCCUCUACCAUCUCUAACAGUGACUGUCAAUGUUCAUGUGGCCAUGACAAUAACAGAAGUAAUCCAAUUGAUGUAAACAAGGAUCCAGCCAGAAUUAAGUCAUGUGACCAGUCAUGUGAUAAAUGUGCUAGGAGUUGUGGGAUUGAUAAAUAUGCUCAGGGUGAAUUCAAGGAAUAUGAACAAAGGAAACAGCAAGCUUGCUUACAAAAAACAAGAGUGAUGACCAUACAGCUUCAUUUACAUGAAGUCAUAGUAACAGAGAAACCACAUCCUGGUAAAGCUUGGUUUGACUUUAAUGAUUCUCGUGUACAUCCUAUAUAUGAGAAAACAAUAGAGAAACAAUUCACAGGCAAGGAGAGUGCCUAUAUGUUGUUCUACAGGAAGAAAUCUCUUGUACGGCCUAAUACAG